CAAUGCUGAUGACUGCGCGCAAUCAACAACAGUGUUGGUGGUUGCUGUUUGGUGGCGUGUGUGCAGUGUGGUUUGGUUUGUUGUGCGUCCAGCAUCAACAACGACAUCAACAUCAUCACAACAACAGCAGCAACAGCGGCAUGGCGGAGUUCUAUGUUCCCACAGUGUUUGCUCGGCUGCAGAGCAGCUUCCAGGCCGCAACAAGGCCAGCUCUUUGGUUUUCUCCCAUGGCUCACCUUCACAGCAGGAGAAAGGAGUGGGUGAUUGAGCACGUGUCCAUGGAUGAAGCAAAGAACAGGCUCCUUUCUGCUGCCGUGGCAAACGCCAAGGAGUUCCAGCUCGCAGAACCCUUGAUGAAGGGCGACACGAUCCAAGUUCUGUCAUACACAAAGGCAGAAUGGCUGGACGUGAUGGAAUUCGAGCUUGAACAAGCAAAUGAGCAUGUCCGCAUCAAGAGUCAUAGCUUCUCGUCCGGUCUGGUCCCCGUGUCUGUUCCCGGAGCACCACUCCUUAACAUGGCGACGUUCUUCGUGCCGUUUCUCGAUCACGGUCUCAACGGCAAGCGCCUCAAGGCCUUCAUGCAGCACACGACACACGGCGCAGCAGAGACCCAGAAGUGAUCGACAUGUGUGUGUGUGUGUGUGUGUGUGUGUGUGUGUGUGUGUGUGUGGUGCGUAUUUGCUUGCGUACAUGUGGCGUGGUGGCGAGAUGAUUGCGUAUCAUCGCUCGAUCUCUGUCUCUGACUCUUGUCUGUCCUUCAUGUAUUGGGACCGGUGUGAAUAAACAAUGUCAUAACCAAC